AUGUCGAAAGUGAAGACAAAGGACUUGCGCGGGAAGAGGAAGGAGGAGCUGGUGAAGCAGUUGGAUGAGCUGAAGCAGGAGUUGGCGAACCUGAGGGUCGCCAAAGUGACGGGUGGGACGGCCAGCAAGUUGUCGAAGAUCCGGGUGUUCCGGAAGAACAUCGCGCGCGUCUUGACGAUCAUCGGACAGAACCAAAAGGACAACCUUAAGAAGCUGUACAAAGACAAGCGCCAUAAGCCCAUCGACUUGCGGCCGAAGCUGACGCGAGCCAUCCGCAGACGUCUCACCCGUCAUGAGCAGCAACUCAAGACUCGGAAGCAGUUGAGACGCGAGAGGAUUUGGCCGCAGAGGAAGUUUGCGCUCAAACACUGA